UGGGCCGGUGAGCUCAUGGCAAAGGCGCCCAGCAGGGCGGGGGUGGGUGCCCUGGUCUAUAAAGCCCCCAUGGCCCCGUGGCCUGCAGAGGCGGUUACAGACGGCACCAUGGCGGGCACCGAGGCAGUGCAGAGGGCCACAGAACUUAUCGAGCAGCGGCUGGCGCAGGAGGAGGAGAAUGAGAAACUCCGAGGAACCACCCACCAGAAGCUGCCCAUGGAUCUGCUGGUGUUGGAGGAUGAGAAACACCAUGGGGCUUCGAGUCUGGCUGUACAAAAGGUUAAGGGCCAAGAGCGUGUGCGCAAGACAUCCCUAGACCUGCGGAGGGAAAUCAUCGAUGUGGGUGGGAUCCAGAACCUGAUCGAGCUUCGGAAAAAACGAAAGCAGAAGAAGCGAGAAGCCGCGGCCGCCCAGCAGGAGCCGCCUGCAGAACCCGAGGAGAUUACCGGUGCUGUGAGCGAGGAGACAUUCCUGAAAGCCGCGGUAGAAGGAAAAAUGAAGGUCAUUGAGAAGUUCCUGGCCGACGGGGGUUCCCCAGAUACCUGCGAUCAGUUCCGCCGGACAGCACUGCACCGAGCUUCCCUGGAGGGCCACAUGGAGAUCCUGGAGAAGCUUCUGGAGAGUGGGGCCACUGUGGACUUUCAGGAUCGGCUGGACUGCACAGCCAUGCAUUGGGCCUGCCGCGGGGGCCACUUGGAGGUGGUAAAACUCCUGCAAAGCCGAGGCGCAGACACCAAUAUGAGAGACAAGCUGCUGAGUACUCCCCUGCAUGUGGCAGUCCGAACAGGACGCGUGGAGAUUGUGGAGCACUUUCUAUCCCUGGGUUUGGACAUCAAUGCCAAAGACAGAGAAGGGGACAGUGCCCUGCAUGACGCCGUGAGGCUCAACCGCUACAAAAUCAUCAAAAUGCUACUCUUACACGGGGCUGACAUGAUGACCAAGAACCUGGCAGGAAAGACCCCCACGGACCUGGUGCAGCUGUGGCAAGCUGACACCCGGAGUGCUCUGGAGCACCCCGAGCCAGGGUCAGAGCAGAACGGGCUGGAGGGGGCUGCUGAGAGUGGGCUGGAGACUCCCCCACCUGUGCCAGCCCAGUAAACUUCUGCCCCAGCCCAGCUCUGCACCUGGCCUGUCCCUUGCUUAUAGCUGGAAGGUCAUAAAAAUGGCCCCAGACGUGAGCUAUUCCUCUGUAAAAGACCCAGGAGCCCCCCACAA